AUGACUGUUAGACUCUUCAUCAACAUGACUGCAGGCAGAGGCCAGUCUGAAGCCCUCCCCAAGGCAGAGGCCAGUCUGAAGCCCUCCCCAAGCCAGAGAGCCAGCCCUCUGAAGCCCUGGAGCCCCCCAAGGCAGAGGCCUGUCUGGAGCCCUCCCCAAGGUCUGAGCCCUCCCAGAGGCCAGUCUGGAGCCCUCCCCAAGGCAGAGGCCAGUCUGGAGCCCUCCCCAAGGUCAGAGGCCAGUCUGAAGCCCUCCCCAAGGCAGAGGCCAGUCUGGAGCCCUCCCCAAGGCAGAGGCCAGUCUGGAGCCCUCCCCAAGGCAGAGGCCAGUCUGGAGCCCUCCCCAAGGCAGAGGCCAGUCUGGAGCCCUCCCCAAGGCAGAGGCCAGUCUGGAGCCCUCCCCAAGGCAGAGGCCAGUCUGGAGCCCUCCCCAAGGCAGAGGCCAGUCUGGAGCCCUCCCCAAGUCAGAGGCCAGUCUGGAGCCCUCCCCAAGGCAGAGGCCAGUCUGGAGCCCUCCCCAAGGCAGAGGCCAGUCUGGAGCCCUCCCCAAGGCAGAGGCCAGUCUGGAGCCCUCCCCAAGUCAGAGGCCAGUCUGGAGCCCUCCCCAAGUCAGAGGCCAGUCUGGAGCCCUCCCCAAGUCAGAGGCCAGUCUGGAGCCCUCCCCAAGGCAGAGGCCAGUCUGGAGCCCUCCCCAAGGCAGAGGCCAGUCUGGAGCCCUCCCCAAGGCAGAGGCCAGUCUGGAGCCCUCCCCCAAGGCAGAGGCCAGUCUGGAGCCCUCCCCAAGGCAGAGGCCAGUCUGAAGCCCUCCCCAAGGCAGAGGCCAGUCUGGAGCCCUCCCCAAGGCAGAGGCCAGUCUGGAGCCCUCCCCAAGGCAGAGGCCAGUCUGGAGCCCUCCCCAAGGCAGAGGCCAGUCUGGAGCCCUCCCCAAGGCAGAGGCCAGUCUGGAGCCCUCCCCAAGGCAGAGGCCAGUCUGGAGCCCUCCCCAAGGCAGAGGCCAGUCUGGAGCCCUCCCCAAGGCAGAGGCCAGUCUGGAGCCCUCCCCUUUAUCUGGAGUAAAGACAUGUAA